AUGGCAAUGGCAAUGCCUCUUACUCUAAGGCAUAAGCUCAAGACUCUUUGUACUUGUGGGGAUGGCUGGUCUUACGCCAUUUUCUGGCGCUUCAAUCCACAAAAUUCCUUGAUGUUGAGUGUGGAAGAAGCAUACUAUGAAGAGCAAUUGGGAGAAGAGAUUACCAACAUGCUUCCACAGGUCCACUUGUUGGGCGAAGGAAUUAUUAGUGAAGCUGCUUUCACGGGCAAGCACAGUUGGGUGCACUCAGAUGGUCAAACCCAAGAAUGGAAUUUGACUGGGAAGAAUAUUUAUGAGGAUGAUUCUGGAUUGCAUCAACAAUUAUCCUAUGGGAUAAAGACAAUGGUGAUCAUACCUGUCAAAGAUUUGGGAGUUGUACAGUUUGGAUCGAAAAAGAAGAUUUUGGAGAGAAUGGAGUUUUUGGAUCAAACACUAAGCUUACUCAUGGAGACAGAUAAUAUGGGUAUGCUUGACGUGUCAGGAAAUGCAGUUUCAUCUCUGGAUUGUGAAAAUUAUGACCUAAAUGGGUUGUUGGCUUCCGUUUCUUCUGAAAAUUCAUAUGAUUGGAAUCUCAACUAUGCUCAUAAUGAAAACUCUGAAGAGCUAUUGAGAAAGGUUUAUUCUUCUGUAAAUCCAAACGAUCCCUUCCCAUCCCAAUAUAAGAUUUACGAAGAAGGAAUGACUUCAUUGGGAGUAGAUUCUUCCUGUCUUGGUGACCAAUUGAAUGGCACCACAGAAGCUCAAGUUGUAUUAUCAGAUUGGGAUAGUACAGAUGUGCUUUUGAAGCCUAACUCUUCUAUGGACAGCUUAAUUCCCCAAAACUCCAGUUUUGGUGCAUGGAAUGAUGAAGCAUCUUCUUUUGAUUUGUUGGGGGAACAAUUGUUAUCUGAAAUAAGGACACAAGAAGCUUCAGAUAUGUGUUCUACAGAAGAAAAUGCGUUUGCUAGUAGCACUAGCAAACUUCUAGUUCAGGAUUCAGUAUUGACCUCAUUGGACAAAAUGAACAGAGGGUCAUUUCAAGACAAGUUACGAAAUUCAUUAGAUAACCAACCUCAAUCCAUGGAUGAUGUUUGCCAGUGGUUUGCUGCUUCUCCAGAAGAUAGCAUCUGCAGAACAGUAAAUACAUUGGACAACAACAACCAUGACUUUGAAAAUAGUCUCUUGGAUGGCAUGGAACUUGAUUUCAACUGUGAUCAAGAUGAUAAAUGGUGGGAGAAUAUACUUACACCAGGGGUGAACGCUGCUAUUGAUACUGGCUUUUCUAAAUGCAUAUCAGAGUUGAAUAUUGGUUCACACUCUAGCACCCAACAGCGAUUGUUCUCACAGUUAGGAAAUGAACAGCUUUUGAGUGGUGAAGCAAAUUACAAUACUUCUAACAGUUUUGGUUUUGAGAAUGAGUUAUUAUCACCCAAUAAGAGGCAGAUGUUAGAAUUUCCACCAGUGAAUGCAAGCCCAUUACACUUUGCAAACCUUGCUGGGGCUGAGGCUAGAGCAAACUUGAUGCAGCCCGUUUCUGACUUGUACAAGACAAACAAUUCUUUAAGCAAGAAAGAUACAUUCCCAAAAUCAGAAGUAGGCAUGCGGAUUGAUGAUAGCCAUAGCAUUAAUAUUGGGAAGGCUGUUCCAGGACACUUUGAAAAGCCCAAGGAACCCACAAAGGCCAACAAGAGGAGGGCUAAGCCCGGGAAGAGUACUCGACCACGACCCAAAGAUCGCCAACAGAUCCAAGACUGCAUUAAAGAGUUGAGAAAAAUCAUCCCCAAUGGUGAAAAGUGUAGCAUUGAUUCUUUGUUAGACCGAACCACCGCAUACAUGCAUUUCUUACAAAAUAUGACCAAGUAUGCAGACAGGAUGCAGGAACCGAAUGAGCCAAAGCUUAUUGACCAGCCAAAUGGAGUGGUUCGAAGAGAAAGUAGUGCGGGAGAUAGCAAAAACUGUGGUGUUACAUGUGCAUUUGAAGUAGCAUCCGAAACAAUGAUAUGUCCAAUUAUAGUUGAGGAUAUGAGCCCACCUGGCCAAAUGCUUAUAGAGAUGCUUUGUGAGGAGCAGGGUUUCUUCCUUGAGUUAGUUGACAAAAUUCGGGAUGAUUUUGGGUUGAACAUCUUGAAAGCAAAGAUGGAAAUUAGGAAGAACAAACUAUGGGCACGCUUUAUUGUUGAGGUAAAGCCACAGGCAAAUAGAUACGUGACAAGGAUACAUGUAUUUUGGUCCCUCACCCUUCUUCUCCAGCAAACAAACACCUCUGGAAUGGAUUCUGCUAAUAAGCAUUGCAAUGUUAUGGAUGCCAAUAUUUCUUAA